AGAUUUUCAUGCUCCUUGCUUAAUAGCCCUGGAGAAGGUAAAACUUCAAAGGUUUUUUGACAGCUGUGGGAGACUAGUUCCCUGAUCCAGCGCUUUCCAACUGCUGUUAAAUGGGCUGGCUAUGUCAUCAUCAUCUAGAGUGCUUGUUGGAAAUAGAAAUACCUGGAUUCCACCCAUACCCACAAAAUCAGAUUAUCUUGGGGUGAAGCUCAGGUAAAUAUUUUUUUUAAAAGCAGCCCAAAUGAUAACCAGGCAGCUGAGUUUGGGAACCAGAAUGCUGGUUCCUGAUCCUCUUGGAGAGGGAGUGAACUGCCUCCUGCUGAGGAAAUUAGGCUCCAGUCACUUCAGACCCCACCUCCAAAUCCAGCAGUCCAGCUCCACCCGCCACACCCCAGUGCCACCUGUCAGACCUGAGCUGCAGGGAGUGCAGCCAGAGAGCAGGGUGGCUCUGGGAAGCAGGCAGGGCUCCCUGCUGGGAACUGGGCUGCCCAGCCAUGCUCCGGGCGCUCUGGCCAGGGUGGCUGGUGGCCAAGGGGCUGCCCCUCCUGGGGGCAGUACUGCUGCGGAAGAGAGAGAAGAGGGGAGCUCACUGGAGGCACUGGCGGCCCAGGCUGCAGUCUCCUUAGUGGCUUAUCAGACCAGUACAAACUGGGUGACUCUUGGCUUGCCUCCAAGGACCUGCAGCCCUGUGAGCUGUCUUCUGGCCUUGCGGGAAACUCACCCAUACUAUGACCUCCAGGUAAAGGUGCUGAGGGCCAGAAACAUCCGGGGCACAGACCUGCUGUCCAAAGCUGACUGCUACGUGCAACUGUGGCUGCCCACGGCGUCCCCCAGCCCCACCCAGACAAGGACGGUGGCCAACUGCAGUGACCCCGAGUGGAACGAGGUCUUUCACUAUCAGAUCCAUGGAGCUGUGAAGAAUGUCCUGGAGCUCACCCUCUAUGACAAGGAUGUCCUGGGCAGUGACCAGCUCUCCCUGCUCCUGUUUGACCUGAGGAGCCUCCGGCCCGGCCAGCCCCACAGGCACACCUUCCUGCUUGACCGCCAGGAUUCACAGGAGCUGCAAGUGGAAUUUGUUCUGGAGAAGAGCCAGGUGCCUGCCUCUGAAGUCAUCACCAAUGGGGUCCUGGUGGUCCAGCCCUGUCUGAGAAUCCAGGGCACUCUCGGGGGAGAUGAGAGAGCCCCACACCGAGACUAUGUCAAAGCUGACCAAGGAUGGAAUGGAUUGCCCUCGGAAGGAGUGGAUUUCCUGUCCCUGGAAGUGUUCAAGCACAGAGGCUAUAGGCAGAUCCAGUUGGCAGUACCUGGGGCCUAUGAGAAGCCACAGCUCUUGCCCUUGAAAUAUCCAGUAGAGCAGAGCCUCCCAUCCACCUUUACCUUCCACGUGAAUCCAGUGCUCAGCUCCAGCCUGGAUAUUGAGCUCUGGGAGAAGCUCAUGGUCCUGCAGAGCAGUCCGAGUGCUGAGCUGGAGGCCCAGAACAGCAAGCUGGGCGAGGGAGGUAUCGUGCUCUCCUCUCUGCCCUUAGGCCGGGAGGAACAACGCAUUGUGGCCCUGGGGGAGGGCCAGGAGGUGACUCUGAGUGUGAAGGCAGAAAUGAGCUCUGGGGACCUUGACCUGCGCCUUGGCUUUGACCUCUGUGAUGGAGAGCAGGAAUUUCUGGACAAGAGGAAGCAGGUCGUGUCCAAGGCCCUGCAGAAGGUGCUGGGGUUGAGUGAGGCUCCGGACAGUGGCCAGGUGCCUGUGGUGGCUGUGCUGGGUUCUGGGGGUGGAACUCGAGCCAUGUCUUCCCUGUACGGCAGCCUGGCAGGGCUGCAGGAGCUCGGCUUCCUGGACACUGUGACCUACCUGAGUGGGGUCUCUGGGUCUACCUGGUGCAUCUCCACAAUCUACAAGAACCCAACCUGGUCCCAAGUGGCCUUGCAGGGCCCCAUGGAGUGUGCCCAAGCUCGGGUCUGCAGCAGCAAGAUGGGGGCAUUGUCCAAAGAGCAGCUACAAUACUACGCCCAGGAACUGGGGGUCAGGGAAAGCAGUGGCCACAGUGUUUCCCUCAUCGAUCUGUGGGGCCUCCUCAUCGAGUACUUCCUGUACCAGGAGGAGAAUGCUGCCAAGCUGUCUGAUCAGCAGGAGGCCGUCAGCCAGGGUCAGAACCCUUACCCCAUCUAUGCCAGCGUCAAUGUCCGCACCAACAUCAGUGGGGAAGACUUUGCAGAGUGGUGUGAGUUCACCCCCUAUGAGGUUGGCUUCCCCAAGUAUGGGGCUUAUGUUCCCACCGAGCUCUUCAGCUCCGAGUUCUUCAUGGGGCGACUGCUGAAGCUCCGGCCUGAGCCCCGGAUCUGCUACCUGCAGGGUGUGUGGGGCAGCGCCUUCGCCGCCAGCCUGGAUGAGAUCUUCCUGAAGACUGCUGGCUUGAGCCUGGGCUUCCUGGACUCACACAGGGGCAGUGUAGACAUCACAGACGACUGCCAGAAGCUGCAGCAGCCUGACCCUGCCCGGCUGCGAACAAGGCUCUUCACGCCCCAGGGGCCCUUCUCCCAGGCUGUCCUGGACAUAUGUACCUCUCGCUUCACUUCCGCGGAGACCUUUAACUUCACCCGGGGCCUCUGCCUGCACAAGGACUACGUGGCUGGCAGGGAGUUUGUGGCCUGGAAAGACACACACCCAGACGCCUUCCCCAACGAGCUCACUCCCAUGAAGGACUGCCUGUACCUGGUGGACGGAGGGUUUGCCAUCAACUCUCCAUUCCCUCUGGCUCUGCUGCCUCAGAGGGCUGUGGACCUCAUUUUGUCUUUCGACUAUUCCUUGGAUGCCCCUUUUGAGGUCUUACAGAUGACAGAGAAGUACUGCCGGGACCGAGGAAUCCCCUUCCCCAAGAUUGAGGUGUGCCCUGGAGACUUGGAGGAACCCCGUGAGUGCUAUUUGUUUGCUGAGGCCGAGGAUCCCCGCUCACCCAUCGUCCUGCACUUCCCCCUUGUCAACCAUACCUUCCGCACACACCUGGCCCCAGUUGUAGAGCGGCAAACAGCUGAGGAGAAGGCCUUUGGGGACUUUGUCAUCAGUGGGCCAGACACGCCCUAUGGGAUGAUGAACUUCACCUACAAGCCCGAGGAGUUUGAUCGGCUGGUGGCCCUGAGUCGAUACAACGUACUGAACAACGCGGAGACCCUGAGGGGUGCCCUCUGCCUGGCUCUGGACCGGCGGCAGGCUGGGGGCUGACGCAGCCUGGAGUCUGAGGACUGUGACUGAGAUGAGAGGCACUGGGCUCUAAGCCAGGGCCUGGUGGAAGGGAAGUGAUGGAUUUUGCAGGGUCUUCUGCUUCCUGUCUUCUCAGGACCUGCCCCGUGGUCCCCCAGGCUCCAGAAAGCUCUUGCAGAAUUGCGGCUUGGUCUUGAGGCAUAUGUGUAGAAACAUCCUAGAAAGGAUAAGAUGGGAAGUGGGGAAGGAUGGCAGAACAUCUCCCCAGGGACUGCUUGGGAAUGCAAGGCAGAGGCAAGAAGCUCAUAUUUUACAUUAGGGUGUUUGGAGGGAAUCAGUGGCGACGAUCUGUCCAUAGGGCCCAUCCCAAACACAAAGAGACCUCAGAGGGCCCAGGUCUUCAGACCCCCACCAGAAUGGGAGCUGUGAAUGCUGAGGUGCAGGCUGCUCUCCUUCAAUUGAGAUCAAAAGCAAGGAUGCAUCUAUCCACGCUUCCUGCAAAUGACCAAGCUCCACCUGCUCAGCGCAUGGAUGCAGUGCUCUGGAGAGUAAAGAGAGGCCACAUGGAUUCUCAGGCUGGGUCGCUGUCUCUAUCGUCCUGCUUGCUAACUCCACUAGGGCCUUGUGGCCUCCCCUGGCCCUUCUCACAGCUCACUGCCCUCUUUCUCAGCUUCCUGAAGGCUGCGGAGUGAUGGCCAGUCCUGGCUGGGCCCUAGCUGGUAGCUGUAUACAAUGUAUCCCUGGAGCUUCCCCUCUUUAAAUUUGGCCCACAUUCCCUGCUCAUAUGUACAACUGCCAUUAAGCAAAAUACCAGAAAUGGAUUGGCUUUUAUAAAGCGGGUUUAUUUGGUUACAAAUUUACAGUCUGAAGGCCAUGAAAAUGUCCAAAUUAAAGCAUCAACACAGGUAUACC